AUGGAUCUGGUCCUGGUGUUGGUGCUCUGUCUCUCCGUUUGGCUCCUCUUUUCACUCUGGACACAGAGCCAUGGGAAAGGGAAGCUCCCACCUGGCCCCACUCCUCUCCCAAUUAUUGGAAAUAGCCUGCAGAUAGAUUUUAAGAAUAUCAGCAAAUCGUUAAGCAAUUUCUCAAAAACCUAUGGCCCUGUGUUCACUCUGUAUUUUGGCAUGAGGCCCACAGUGGUGUUGCACGGAUAUGAAGCAGUGAAGGAAGCCUUGAUUGACCAGGGAGAGGAGUUUUCUGGAAGAGGCAGUUUCCCACUGACUGAAAAAGCUAAUAACAAACUUGGAAUCAUUUUCAGCAACGGAAAGACAUGGAAAGAAAUUCGGCGCUUCUCUCUCAUCACCCUGCGGAAUUUCGGGAUGGGAAAGAGGAGCAUUGAGGACCGCGUUCAGGAGGAAGCCUGCUCCCUAGUGGAGGAAUUGAGAAAAACCAAGGCCUCAGCUUGCAAUCCCACUUUUAUCCUGGGAUGUGCCCCCAGCAAUGUGAUCUGCUCCAUUAUUUUCCAGAAUCAUUUUGCUUAUAAAGAUCCAGAUUUUCUUAUGCUGAUGAAAAAACUCAAUGAAAACUUUGGAAUUGUAAGCUCCCCAUGGAUCCAGAUCUGCAAUACUUUUCCUGUGCUCCUUGAUUAUUGCCCAGGGAGUCAUAAAAAAUUCCUUAAUAAUAAUUCUUAUUUAAAAAGCUAUAUUUUUGAGAAAAUAAAAGAACAUCAAGAAUCUCUGGAUUUCAAUAAUCCUCGGGACUUUAUUGACUACUUCCUGAUUAAAAUGGAACAGGAAAAGCACAACAAACAGUCUGAAUUUACUAUUGAAAACUUGAUAGUCACAAUAAGGGACCUGUUUGUAGCUGGGACAGAAACAACAAGCACCACCCUUAGAUACGGACUCCUGCUUUUGAUGAAGUACCCUGAGGUUACAGCUAAAGUCCAGGAAGAGAUUGACCGUGUGAUUGGCAAACACCGAAACCCCUGCUUGCAGGACAGGGGCAGCAUGCCCUACACGGAUGCUGUGGUGCAUGAGAUCCAGAGGUACAUUGACCUCCUCCCCACCAACCUGCCUCACGCAGUGACCCAGGACAUUAAAUUCAGAAACUACCUCAUUCCCAAGGUAAGAUUUGAUUCUUCUACACUGAACCUCAAAACACAAUGUUCCAAGAGAAUCUCUCCUCUGUGUUUGCUGUUUUCAGGAAAACGUGUUUGUGUGGGAGAGGGCCUGGCCCGCAUGGAGCUGUUUUUAUUCCUGACAAACAUUUUACAGAAAUUUACCUUGAAGCCUCUGAUUGACCCAAAGGACAUCGACAUCACCCCAGUUAACAAUGGGCUUAUUUCUGUGCCCCCCUCCUAUCAACUCUGCUUCAUCCCUGUGUGA